UAUUCAUUUUGAAGCACUUCUUCUCAUCUGUUUUUUAACCAUGGCUUGCCAUCAUUUCCCUUUCUUUAUACUACCAUUUUUGCUGGUCACUUUGUCACUGAUAAGCAGCAACACAAUCUUGGUUGGUGCCCGACAUCUUUCAGAGACAUCCUUACGUGAGAAACCUGAGCUUCCUAAACUGGAAUGGCCUGAUAUACCUCCCUUCCCCAAGGUUGAAUUCCCAAAGCCUGAGUUGCCAGAAGUUCCAAAGCCAGAAAUACCAAAAAUGCCUGAGUUGCCAAAGCCUGAAUUGCCCAAAGCUCCUGAGUUUCCAAAAGUGCCAGAGUUGCCCAAGUCGCCUGACUUGCAAAAACCUGAAGAAGCCAAAGUUCCAGAGUUACAAAAGCCAGAAUUACCUAAAGUUCCUGAGUUGCCAAAACUUGAAUCGCCAAAAGUUCCCGACUUACCAAAGCCUGAAUGGCCAAAACCUGAGGAGCCCAAGGUUCCUGAGUUGCCAAAGCCUGAAUUAUCAAAGUUUCCUAACUUAACAAAACCUGAAGAAACCAAAUUUUCGGAGUUGCCAAAGCCUGAAUUGCCCAAGUUGCCUGACUUGCCGAAGGAAGAAGUGCCCAAGUUGCCUGACUUGCCAGAGAAGUUGGACCUUCCUGAGCCUCAGCUGCCUGAGGUGCCUAAAGUUGAAGUGCCACCUUUGCCUCAAGUAUCAACUUUGUCAAAAUUUGAAAAGCCUGUAAGUGCCCGAAUGGCCCAAAUGCCAGAGAUGGAAAAGACGGAAGUGCCUAAGUAUCCUGAAUUUCCAAAAUACGAGAUGCCCAAAGUGCCUGAGAAGCAAAAACCUGAAUUGUCCAAAAUGCCAGAGUUGUCAAAACCGGAAGUUUCCAAGUGUUCUGAGUUACCCAAAUCAGAAAAGCCUGAAGCGUAUGAGAAACAAAAACCUAAAUUUCCCAAAAUGCCAGAGUUUUCGAAGCGAGAAGCGCCUGAGUAUCCCGAGUUACCCGAAUGGGAAAAGCCUGAAGUGCCUAAGAAACAAAAACCUGAAUUUCCCAAAAUCCCACAGUUGUCAAAGCCAGAAGUUCCCGAAUAUCCCGAGUUACCCAAAUCGGAAAAACCAGAAGUCCCUAAGAAACAUAAACACUAAUUGCCAAAAGAACCAUAGUUAUCAAAGCCGGAAGUGCCCGAGUAUCCUAAGUUACCUAAAUCAAAGAAGCAUAAGGCAUGAAAAGCAAAAACCUGAAAAAAUGCCAGAAUUGCCAAAGUCAGAAAUACGCGAGUAUCCUGAGUUUCCAAAACCUGAAUGGCCCAAAAUGCCUGAAUGGCCAAAGCCAGAAGUGCCCACGUUUCCUGAAUGGCCACAGCCCAUAUUUCCUCAAGCUCAUUCAACUACUAAUUCUUGAAUCAUUACACUGCAGCUUGUGUCUUCAUUCAAGGAGCAUAGAAUGCUUGGUGUCCAAGCAUUAUAUAUACAUUUGGAGUGUUAAUAAUUGGUGAAUGUGUGCAUUCCUCCAACGAGUCUCUUCCAGAGAGGGGAUUCAUAUACUAAUUCUCACUAUUUGAGUGCCACACCCAUGUAGUGUAUGAUUCUGAAUGGUUCGUUGUGUGCUUAUAUUUUACUUAAGUUAAUGAUGUUACAUGUACUGUUAAUUUCACUAAGCUUGAUUUUAUAUAUCGAAGUGUCGCAUGUAAUAGAAAUUCUAUAUGUUGUUAGUAGAAUAUAAAAGUUUCAUAUGUAUGAUUUUACUGCAUCCAUUUAAUCUUAGAGAUGUUUCUAGGUUUUGGUUUGAUACUGUAAGAUGUUCUAGUUCAUCUUAACAACCAAAGAUGCAUUGUAAUGCAGUUCAUUGAUCUGCGUAGCCGUUGUGGUAUAACUUUAAUGGCUUCCAGAAGUACUCGAUACCAGACAACAAACCAAUAAUCAAAACUCUUUGUAAAGUCUAACUCAGAGAACCAUUUGACUCGGUCCAUAAUUGAUAUAUCUGUCUGAUCACUUUGGUGACUGAAGUAUCUGAAUAUACCAACUACAUUUAUAUCUCGGAAGAAGAUGGAUUAGGAGUUAAGCUAACAAGAUAUUGGAAAUAGGUUUCCGCUUUUUCCCAAAAUGACAACCUGAACCCAAACUCACUAACCUGACAGGCCAAGCCAUACGCUAUGAAGUUAUAUAAGCACACCACCAGGCCUUGUUUUUCUCACUCGAACCAAAAGCAGUUUCCCUUCUUGUUUCAAUUCUCAAAAGAAUUAUCAGAUAAUGGCUUCUUUCUAUUACUUGUUCUUGACCUUUUUCCUGGCUUUGUCAUUUGCAAGCAUUGAUGUUUACCUGGCAGCUAGUCAUCUUCUGUAAUUGCCUCAAAUGCCUCCAAUGCCAACUUUGCCUAGAACUAUACUGCCUCCAUUGCCAUCAAGUCCAAAUCUGCCACAGCCAACAAUACCGACAUUGCCAACUAUUCAACCAUCUCUGUACCUCCACUUCCUAUCAUGCCUACCUUGCCCACUUUGCCUACUGUACCAAGGGCCACUCUGCCCUCACCACCAAGCAUGACCUCAAUCCCAACUGCAAUUCCCUCCAUUCCAUUCCUCUCUCCGCCACCUGCUUCUUCUAGUCCAUGAAAGCUCUACUCCUGUCUCUUGACAGAAAAGGUCUGGAUACCAUGGAUUGGCUUUAAUGUGUUAUGGUCGUAGCAUGUAGGUAGUUCUAUUUUUACUUUCUCUAUGGAGAUAUCAGAGGCUUUUCAGCCUUUUAGUAUCUAUUGAUUUUGAGAAGUGUU